AAGUGUCAUAGAGUGGGCGGGGCAUCUCGAUCGGGGAUGAGCUUUAAACAUGAGAGCAUAACCUUAGGGUUGUGUUCUCUUUCAUAACAGUCCGUUUCGAUCUCAAAAAGCGCUUCCAGCCGCGGGGGUGUAUGAGGAGCAUCCGAGUAAAGAGUUUUACCUCGAUCAGGUAGCGAAGGAGGUGAAAGUAGGAGUGGAAGAGGGGGGGCUGUGGUUGGAUUUAGUGAAAGAAAACAAUAUGGCCGCUGUGGAGCUGGAAUGGAUCCCUGAGACCCUGUACAACACCGCUAUCUCAGCCGUGGUCGACAGCUACGGCCGAUCGCGACGGGACAUCCGCUCUCUGCCUGAAAAUAUACAGUUCGAUGUGUACUACAAGCUUUACCAGCAAGGCCGGCUCUGCCAGCUGGGAGGGGAGUUCUGUGAGCUGGAGGUCUUCGCUAAAGUCCUCAGGGCCUCUGACAAAAGGCACCUCCUACACCACUGCUUCCAGGCUCUGAUGGACCACGGUGUAAAGGUCGCUUCAGUCCUAGCCAACUCUUUCAGCCGCCGGUGUUCAUACAUCGCGGAGUCGGAUGCGCAUGUGAAAGAGAAAGCUAUACAAUUUGGCUUUGUUUUAGGUGGCUUUUUGUCGGAUGCCGGCUGGUAUGGAGAUGCAGAGAAAGUCUUCCUGUCUUGUCUCCAGCUGUGCACAUUACACGAUGAGGUUCUUCACUGGUAUCGGGCAGUAGAGUGUUGCGUGAGGUUACUUCACGUCCGCAAUGGCAACUGCAAAUACCACCUGGGAGAAGAAACCUUCAAACUGGCCCAGUCUUACAUGGACAAACUAGCCAAACAUGGCCAUCAGGCUAAUAAGGCUGCCCUGUAUGGAGAACUGUGUGCCCUACUCUUUGCCAAAAGUCACUAUGAUGAGGCUUAUAGGUGGUGUAUAGAGGCUAUGAGGGAGAUCACAGUUGGCUUACCUGUGAAAGUAGUAGUUGAUGUUCUCAGACAAGCCUCUAAGGCAUGUGUUGUUAAGCGGGAGUUUAGGAAAGCGGAACAACUGAUAAAACAUGCAGUCUUCUUGGCACGGGAACAUUUCGGGCACAAGCACCCAAAAUACUCGGAUACACUACUAGAUUAUGGAUUUUAUCUACUAAAUGUGGAUAAUAUCUGUCAAUCAGUGGCCAUUUACCAGACUGCACUAGAUAUUCGGCAGUCAGUGUUUGGAGGAAAGAAUAUUCAUGUUGCAACUGCUCAUGAGGACCUGGCGUAUUCGUCCUACGUCCAUCAGUACAGCUCUGGUAAAUUCGACAAUGCACUAUUCCACGCAGAACGUGCCAUAGACAUCAUAACUCACAUUCUCCCUGAAGACCAUCUGCUGCUGGCCUCAUCCAAGAGGGUGAAAGCCCUGAUCCUGGAGGAGAUCGCCAUUGAUUGCCAUAACAAAGAAACAGAGGAACGCCUUCUGCAGGAGGCCCAUGAUCUGCACCUCUCCUCCCUGCAGUUGGCCAAAAAAGCUUUCGGAGAGUUCAACGUUCAGACGGCAAAACACUACGGGAACCUGGGCCGCCUCUACCAAUCCAUGCGCAAGUUCAAGGAGGCAGAGGAGAUGCACAUCAAGGCCAUUCAGAUCAAGGAGCAGCUGUUGGGACAGGAGGACUAUGAGGUGGCUCUGUCAGUGGGACACUUGGCCUCGCUUUACAACUACGACAUGAAUCAGUAUGAUGAUGCAGAGCGCCUGUACUUGCGUUCCAUCGCUAUUGGCAAGAAACUGUUCGGGGAGGGUUACAGUGGACUGGAAUACGACUACAGAGGCCUGAUAAAACUGUACAACUCAGUUGGAAACUACGAGAAGGUCUUUGAGUACCACAAUAUUCUGUCCAACUGGAACCGUUUAAGGGACAGGCAGUUUGCGGUAGCCGACGCGCUGGAGGACGUCAACACAAGCCCCCAGGCCACAGAGCAGGUGGUGCAGUCUUUCCUGCUUUCCCAGAGCCACGGAGCCGGGCGUCCCUGCUUGGGCUAACGGCCCGGGAAGCCCACCUGAAACCUAGAUGUGCACACCCACCCCCCAUUUCACCCCCUCACAUCCAUCGAUUCACAAGUAGUCCAGACGGGCGGGGAGUGUGAAUAUUAUCCUGAGCUGUCAAUCCACUUGUACCAGCAACUCCUCAAACCCCUUUCCUUAAAAUGGGAGAAGAACCAUGAGAUCUUUGAGACCAUGCUAACACUCAUGAUGGAUAAGCGACCAUUCAUCCGAUUCAUUCACUCUCCUUUGAAGAACCUGGCCAUUUCUCUCACUUCAAGAGGAGUUGAAUAAAAAAAAAUAAAAAAAACGGCGCAGUCCGACAUAGACGGAAAACUUCCGCACCCUCUUACGUUUUUUUUUUAAAUUUUAUUUUGUAUUUGAAGGAGAGUCGCUCCACACUACAGGAAUACUUUAUCACCACAUUGUCUAUUUGUGGAGGAAAUUGCUCGGCGCAGCUCCCACAGAACGAGAUUCGACAUCGUUCAUUAUAACCAAGUGAAGGAACAUCCGUAGACAUCCGUGUCCCCAUUAACACGAGGAUUAGAGCUCGACUUCAUGUAAUGCAAAGCUUUGCAUUUGAGGAUUACCUUGUGUGCUCUCUGGAAAAUGAGACCAGCCAUGUUACAUUAUGGACCAUUAUGUUUAUUUUUGCUUUUUUUUUUAUUAAUAAUUCAUGUCACGUGUGGAAUUUACGGACCAGCGAGUUUACGAUUGCUCUAGAUACCUUGUUUUAAGUUCUCUUCUGGUUUUGUAUUCCCUUAGUACUGACAUAGCUUAUUUUAAACUGCCAAUAAUUUAUAUGCAAGGUAUGCUACAACUUGUAGGUGAAACGGAUGAGCCAAAAUGACUUCUGUUCAUAAUAAUAUGUGCGCGACCACCGCUAAUUGCCAUAAUAUGAACUAAACCGAGUUCACGGAGCUGGCUUUCUGUCAUAGCGAAGCCUUAUUCACGCACACACACGAUAUAAGCUGAAGCGGUGAUAGUAACGAGACCAGGUUUCCCAGGUCGUUGUUGUUUUCCUUUCAGAGCUCAGCCCCGGGCGGCGUAGAUUAACACCCCUGGCCCACUGCCAGCUGACUGGACACACAGAGAAAAGGGCUGAGCGCAGCACCUGUCAUUGUGAAGAGGCUCCCCUGCUGGGAAACCUGCGUUAUAGUGCACAUGGGUCUGAAUCCACAGUGCAAUAUUUGCAGAACGCACCUGUACCACUCCAAAAACCAAUCAGUUUGACUCAUUUCACUGCCGCUUCUCUCUCGAAUAGAUCCAAAAGCCACACAGACUCACGACCAAGUUGAGAACAUUGCAAGUUUGAACGAGGACCGUUAAGAUUAAAUUGGCAUCAACACUUUCAUAAAGAACUCAUUGCUGAAACGAAGCCUUGCUGCUGGCCAGUCAUGUAGAAUGUGCUUUUAGUGUCUCGCCACAUUUUUAGCUCCUAGCCGGCAGCACCGGGACCCCAGAUCAAGCUGAAGUCCCAGCCUUAGUCUUAAAGGACUCUCAGCUGGCUGGGAUCUGCUUUGACUUUUUUUUUUUUUUUUUUUUUUGAGUAGCUCGAUUUGAACGAAACCUCCACCUGCAGCUUUUCAAACACUUUUAGCCCCCCGUAAACAGAGCAGGAGAUGGCUUAGGACAGGUGAGGGACGAUAUUUCGCACAUUUUGACUCCUUAAGAAUCCCUUUGUUGUUAUGUUUGAGGUUUUAUCGCGAGGAAUGAAGUGGUGUUAAAAAGGAAAGUCCACCUACAAUGAAAUUCUGUCGUUAUUUGCUUACCUUCCUGUUAUUCCAAACCUGUGUGCAUUUCUUUCUUCUGUGGUACAUAAAAGAUAUUUUGAAGAAUGUUCAACCAAACUGAUUUCCACUGACUUCCACCUUGUGGACAAAAAUGCCAUGGAAGUCAGUAGGGAACGGAAAAUAUCAUGUCAUACGGGUUUGGGAAAAACAUGAGCUUGAGUAAAUAUAAUGGAAUAUUCGUUUGUUUUUUUUGGUGGACUUUCUUUAAUACCAUAUUUGAGGCAGCAAGGUAAGGACAGGAAUUUGCCUUGGUUAGAGAGAUGGAAUAUUGUAACAAAUAAACUGUGAUCUUGCGAAAUUUGUAAGUGCAUUUCCAUUGACUAUGUGCUGAAAAUUGACUGAAUUAUUCUCCUAUCAGACGAUGAACAUCAAAUGUGGGGAAAAAAAAUGCACAUGGGAAACUUUAACAAGUAAGCUUGGUGGAUGCUGAGUGAAUUUAUAACGUAGCUCUGAUUGCUUCCUUCUGAAUGUCGAUUCAAGGGCUUAUUUGUCAACCUCAAGUGGUAUUUCAUGGUUAGAAAGACGGUUGAUCGCUGUUGAUCAAACCCAAACUGCUUCUCCAUCUGAAUAGGUCACAGGUCCCCAAAAAUCAAAGGUGCUUCUGGGUCAAACGUUCUCUAUUUUUGCAUGUUUAAGUAAAUGUAUAUAGAUGUAGAUGCAUAGCUACAAGUGGUUAUUGUCCCAGUGAGCUCCAUAGUGACAGAAAAAAAAACAUUUUACACUGAGCAGUUAAUAAAUGUUCCAUGAAAUAAGAGAAAAAAAGAAUGAACUCUGAAGUGUUAAACAGAUCACAGAAACUAAUAAAUGGCAUCCUCUGACAAUAAAAGCAAUCCUGUCACUUCAACGUUUCUUCGAAACCUGCCCUCAGAGAGUUGGAGAAUGUAAUUAAGGUUUGAUAGCUGAUACAGUGGGGCCUUUUAGAUGCUAAUUAUCUUCAUGAAGUCCUCGGACACGCUGCCACGUGUAGAUUGUGAUUUAGCCAAAGUGCUGUUUCAGAUGGACGAUGGCGAUCGCUGAAGUAACAACCUAUGAGUGGACGUGAUCUCUUAUGACUUUCUUUUAUUGUCUGUAUUCAUUGGAGACACUCUAGAAGAGUUUUUGAUCAAAUCCAAUGACAAAGAAGAGGAAAAAUGUGUUCUUUAACAUUGAUACUGACUGUUACCCUGGAAAUGUCAGUAACCUGUGCCACAGUUGAGCCUCUGCUUGGAAUCUCUUCAGUCAUUGGCUUUAUGUAACUCACCCUCAGUAGAGUCUGCUGUACAUUGUACAUCUGUAACCACCAAAUCAUUAUUAAACUCAUUUGUAUCCAC